GAACUCGGCGCCGAGCUCUGACGGAACUUCCUCGGCCUCGGCUCGUGUCCCUCCUCGGCCUCUGCCCGUUUCUCCUCGGGAGUCAACACGAGAAGCACCAACCUGCGAGAGUUAUAGCGGGGACCCCGCUGCUCAUCUCGGGGGAAGAAGAAGUAGAAGAAGAGAGGGUGGACGCAACUGGUAUUUCUCUGUUCCUUUUCUGUGUGUCGGUGUCGCUGCUCGAGCCGAAGCGGGAGACGACGCUCCGUUAAGCGGGCACAGUGGAGCGGGCACCGCGGGGAUGGACCGACCUGGUGAGCGGUCGUCGCCGUGAGACAGGCGCUAAUCCGGCGGUGGUGAGCAGCAGGUGUACGGAAGGAUAAACGGAGACCAGCGGGUAUCUCAGUGUUCAUGAAACUUUGCUACGAUUUACGUGCUGGGGUUGCCAUCCGCCAUGUUAAGGUAAAGCCCAGGUGCGCGGUGUUGACCAUGCUAAAGCGCCUGGACAAGAUCCGCUUCAGAGGCCCCAGGACGAGAGACGAAUUUCCGGACUUGGCGGAGUCGCCACCCGCCUCUGACAAUGAAUGUAGCGAUGACAUGCCGGUGAAGCCCAAGGCAGCUUUACGGGACACAGAGGACCUCCUGCGAGACCCUGCAGGUUCAGGGUCUCCCACCAUGGCUGCGGCCAUCCAGGAGUUCCAGAGGUCAGAGUCAGACCGACUGAAUGAAGUCAAAGGUCACCUGGAAAUUGCCUUACUGGAAAAACAUUUCUUGCAGGAGGAGCUGAGGAAGCUGCGGGAAGAGACAAAUGUGGACUCCCUGCGACAGGAGCUGGACAAGGAGCGAACCAAGAGGAUAGACCUGGAGCAGAAGAUGAAUGAGGUGCUCAAGUCCAGGCUGGAGGACUCUCCACCACAGCCUCCCCGGAAACAGCAGUCGCCCUCCAACAAUGGAACAGCAGAGAAACAGCAGAAGGAGGUGUGGAGCUCACGGCUGCAGAAGUGGCUGCACGAGCGCUUCGGGGUUUAUAUCGAAGACUUCCGCUUCCAGCCGGAGGAGAGCACAGUGGAGACAGAGGAACCACUAAGUGCUAAACGGUUGACAGAAAAUAUGAGGCGACUUAAGCGAGGAGCCAGACCUGUCACCAACUUCUUAAGGAACCUCUCUGCCUUGUCCAAUUGGCACUCUGUCUACACCUCAGCUAUUGCCUUCAUUAUCUAUAUGAAUGCUGCAUGGCAUGGUUGGGCCAUUCCCAUGCUCCUCUUCCUGGCUAUCCUGCGCUUGUCCUUAAAUUACCUCAUCGCCAGAGGUUGGAGGAUCCAGUGGAGCAUAGUGCCUGAGGUGUUUGAACCCAUGGAGCCUCCAAAGGAAGACUUGACAGUGUCUGAAAAGUUCCAGCUUGUACUUGACGUUGCACAAAAAGCACAGAACCUUUUUGGUAAGAUGUCAGAUGUUUUGGAGAAAAUAAAGAACCUGUUCAUGUGGGUGCAGCCGGAGAGCACCAGGAAACUAUAUAUCUGCCUGUGGAUGGCUUUCAUCACUUCCUGCGUCAUGCCAUACAAACUGAUGGGCUUCAUGAUGGGCUUGUAUGCCGGCAUCAAGUUCUUCAUCAUAGACUUCCUUUUUAAGAGCUGUCCUAAGCUGCGAGACAAGUACGACACACCUCACAUCGUGUGGAACAGCCUCCCCACCGACCCCCAGCUAAAAGAGAGGACCAACGCCACUGUGUCACGGCGGCUCUCUGGCAUUGAGAAGGUCCAGCCGGUAGUCUCUCGCAGCAGCCUCGCCACGGUCCCAUGUGGGUUGAGCAGAGAGGAGGAGACUGGUCGCUCCCACAGCACCAAGAAGGGAGCCUUUCAUGAGAUUUUCAGCCUUUCAGAGUUAGAGCGCCCUCUGCCCGUGUGUGAGAACGGCUGGAGGUGUUGCCUGAUAAACCGAGACAGGAAGAUGCCUACAGACUACAUCAGGAACGGAGUGCUUUACGUCACAGAAAGCUACCUGUGCUUUGAGAGCUCCAGCUCCAGAUCCAGCGCCUCUAAAAAGAACAAAGUUAUUAAGCUGGUGGAUAUCACGGACAUACAAAAGUACAAAGUGCUGUCAGUCCUGCCAGGAAGUGGAAUGGGAAUCUCCAUAGCAACUCCCUCGACCCAGAAGCCGUUGGUGUUUGGUGCCAUGAUCCACAGAGACGAGGCUUUCGAGGCCAUCUUCACACAGUACAUGAAGAUCAUGACCACCACCAAACCACCAGCCAGUGCAGAGCUCUAGACAGACUCCAUCCCUGCAGCACAUCUCUGCACUGGGGCUUCAGUCUGAGGCAGAGAGCCUCCUGAGUUUGUACUGGAAUGGCAGAUACUGUCAAACACCACAGUCCUCUGCUCUGCGAAAGUCUUCUCCUCUUGUGACGGGUACCAGCUUCCUCAUUGGUGGCCAUCAGCCGGCUUUGAUAGGCAGCUUCUCUGUCCAGGACAUGUCUGAGGGGAUAUGGGGGUGUCGUCUGGAUUUGGACAUACUGUGGGUGUGUAGGACAAUGGAUCACAUUUUCCAGGGUGAGGGGCUAAAGUGUGGUUUUUAUCAAUCAGCAGAUGGCUGUUGAGGGGGCUGGUUCUCCUCUCCCUCUGACUGACCAACUGGUGACUGGUGUCUGACUUACCUGUGUGUGUGCACGUGUGUGUGUGUAUUUUGGGGGUGGGUUAAUGUCACUGUGGUUUGCUAUUGUAGGAAGAUUUCAAAAAGUGCUCCACCUGGCUGUAAAAAUCACAAAACUAGAAAUAGUAGCCUCCACACCUCUGCCAAGGCCCUGCAGUCCCCUUUAUAUCCAAUCAAGCAGCACCACUUUUCACACACUCAUAGAUCACAGUCCCCUUAAUAUACCAGAUAUUUUUCACCCAAAUCAAUGAAUUAUUUUAUAGUUAUUAAAUACAAAAUUGAUUUGGUCCUUCCAACAAGUUUUGUGAAAAUGCAUCACUAUUAGUUUUUAAAUAAUCGUGCUGACAUACGAAAUCAUAACUUGGCAGAUGUGACAAAUAAUAGAAACUUAAACUGCCAGAUUUUAUAUAUCUGUAAGUAUAGCCUCAUAAAUCAGUGUAAAACGGCUUAUAGUGAAGUAAUGAAAUAUUUUGACGUAAAACUGGAUGAUUGGUGCCCUCUUGGAAUGGCCCAACAAAACUGAAAGAGUGCACAAGUAUGAGUGGACAAUGAUUUUGUGUGUGUGUGUGUUUAAAUGUAUAUUAGCUGUGAGCGUGUCAGAUCACUGUUUGACUGACACAGAGCCUUUCUGUUAGUUUACACUGCUGCUGUCUAACUCCUGGAUUCUCUUCUUUUUACAUGCGUGUCGGUAGCUUCAGAACGCGUUAGUCACCCAACGAACAUAAAACAAGCGCUGCAUUCAGUAUCCGCUUCUGUGUUUGUAAGUGUGCAUAUGUGAAUCGUACAGUGAGGUGUUUUUUUUUUCUCAACAAAUGCCUUUUUUCUUUUGAGAUUUUUUUAGUUUUCCUCGUAACAAACAGCCUUCGGGCUGAGUAGCUGUUGGUCCUAGAGAUGAGAGCACAACACUGACUGCCAUUUAGAGGCACAGUGCAGAACACAGCCUCCCAUGUCUAAACUUCUGUUUUCAAGGCACAAUCUUCACACGUAUACAGAGAUUUUCUUUUUUCCCCCUCAAUAGUAUUCUACCUGCACUUUAUACGAGCGUCCCCUUGACAUUCUGACACCUGUUGCAUUGAACAUAAUUCAAAUCCAAUGUCAGUGUUUUCAGAUAGUUUCAAAGCUGCCAUAUAGUUGUUUUUGUGCCGGGGCGGCUCAAAGCUCAGUCUGAGCACUCUGUAUUACACAGGAUUGAUGUCGACCACAGCGAGGAUGUUUCUCUGAGUCAGACGACCUUCAAACCCCGAGCUGUAAAAGAAGAACGUACUUUACCUUGAGAACAAAAUACUGGCAGAUUACUGUCACGGCCCCUUCACACAUUAAAGCGUCAAGGUAUCUCAGAUAUAAACCCAAGCUUCAUCUGAAACGACUGCAGAAAUAUCUGUUAAAGUCAACUUCUUCUGAUUGUCUGUUCUCACUUAAAAUAGAUGCCAGCUGGUGAGGAUAUUGAGCUACAAAGACAUGCCUAAUUGUUUAUCUUAGUCGUUCUUGUUUCUGCUUUUGUGUAACGCCACAGUGAGUCGAGACUGUCUUCUGGGUGCUCUUCCACUUUGUUCCGGAUCCUCUUAACCUAUAGGCUUUGUAUGAAGUACACGGAUAAAUGUCGCGACUGAAUAUUUCACCGUCACUUUAUUUUAAGACACCGUUCGCAAGCAUAAAGCCGGCCUUUGCGAUUGCGGAACGGUGCGGUAUGUAGAAGUAUAAUGCCAAACUGCAUCGGACACUUGACUGUGUUUGGUGAGACGAGUUGUAACACUGGAUGUCUUGAUUAAUCUUCAGUUUUUAUGAUGAGAGACGCUGGGGUGGCUGCUCCGCACUCCCAUCACUUAUUCACUAAAAGCCCUGCAGCACAGGCUUUAGUUUCCUUGUAAAUCUUACAAAACACUGUUCAAAGGGAGACCUUGACUUUUAUUUUCAUUCACUGAACACGUCCUUCUAGUUUUACAAUCCUUAAUCACGUCUGUGUCACCCCUUCUCAAGAACACCAGAUUAUUUUCAGUUCUCUGCCCUUUAGAGCUGCCCUUGGUCCAAAAUGUCAAGGUUUCUCUUGAAGUCUGUUCAAAUCCUCAUGUCAUCGUUAUUAAUCAUAGUCAACUGGACUGGAUAUGAAGUUGCCAGAGCUGCAACGGACCGGUUCAAACCACCACUUUAUUCGAGUUUCUCAUGGGUAUUUAGCCUGUUAUUUAAUAGGCUGCCUUUCCACACAUGGAUGUCUAUUUUUUGUUUAGGAAUAACAUUUUAUCCAUGAACGGUGGAAAACCCGAGCAGAUGAAAUCAGUGAUUGCUGUGUCACUGUGUGAUUGGACGGCUCGUCGUAGUCUUAAAGCUUUUACCUGAAGCCUUUUGUUGAUCUGUUGACUCUGAAAGCAGCUCUCCGGGCUUCGCUGGCCCCGACGAGGCUGCACUCGGAUAAAGCAUAGAAUGUAUCACGUUUUUUUUCUUUUGCCAAAUCUUAAAAUUUCUGUCUGCCAUAUUCUGCCUACGCUCAUGUUUACAAAUGCUUUUAAAUAUUAUUUUGUUUGUUUUUUUAAGAAGCCAGUUUGAAUUCCUUUGACUCUGGAGUUAUGAAGACUGGACGGCUGCACUGUUGUUGAACUAAUGUCUCAUUGGCUCCGCACCAUUUGACUAUCUCUGCUCAACCGAUAGGAAACCUGAACCACAGCGACAGGAGCAGUAUUUAAAAGCGCAUACAGCAUGGAAACUGUCAUAUCCAACACCUCGGUACUUGGUUACAUUGUAGUGUAAGUUGCAGUAUAACACCAGAUUCACAGGUUGUUCACACGGAGCAGAGAUGGUCAUGAUGGACCGAAACGGCAACAUUAGUGUUUUUGACCUUAAAUUUGUUCAUUUUGACUUGAUGCACCUUUUUGAAGAUUAUAGAGAAAGACGAAUAGAACGACAGCUUGAUACCUAUUGUUUUUAAAAGGCACUAGAAUGUGUGCACUCUACUGUAAUGUGCACUAGAAGUGUCCUGCAGUGGCUUAAAGAAACCGUUUUAGUAAUUUUGGAAAAUUGGAUCACUUUGCUUUCUUGCCAGGAUAUUUGAUGUUGCUACUGUCACGUCUGCACAAAUAAAUAUGAAGCUAAUGACACGGGAUGAACUCUGGAGUCGCCACUUUGAAAUCGUUUUCCUAUAACGGGCAAGUAUGUGGUUUUACCUUCUGGCAAAAUCAACUAGUGUGUACGUUCCGAAGAUUUGCAAUUGCAAAUUGGUUUAACCUGUCAUGAUGUCUGUGGUUGAAAAUCCUCUUGUGUGCAGCAGCUCUCCGUGUGUGCCUGUCAUAGGAGGUGUGCAUGAGUUCCAACAACAAAGUUUGUUAGGGGUUCAUAAAACACUGUUUCCAUUUGUUGACUUCUCCUCCAUUGUAGAUUUAUUACCUUUGGACAGAGCUCGACUUAUUGUGUCUGACUGUUUUCAGACACCGUGUUGAGCUACGCUGACCAACUGCUGUUACUAGCUGCAUAAUAACCCUGCAAGAAAUGCUCCUCCUCCAAAAUGUUGCAAUAUUCCUUUAACGCCAUGAACGGCCAGAUACAUAACGACUGCCACACUGUGUGUAUCGCUACUGGUAAACAAUGGAGAAAGGUUUGAGGAUGUUACUGCCGUCGUAUUCAAGGAGGGACUGAGUCAAAAAACAGUGUUGUCUUUUCAAGGUCCCCUCAAUUGAAGCUGGUGUCCUCGCUGUUGUAUUAAAUAUGUAGUUCCUCUAACUGUGUGUAAAUGUUAGGUAAGGGUUUUCCAAAAAGCAUCUCAACAUACAAACACGGAGUGGACAAAGUGCUCACGUCUCAUUGUAACAUGAACAAAUUAACUGUGUGCACCUGACAUUAUAAGGUGAAUGUAAAAGCUCAAAACAAAUCCUAAAUCUCAAGGAGUCAGUCCUUUUUUCUUUCUUUUUUUCUGGACGGACACAAAGCUCAAUUAUAUUUGGUACAGGCAGUGCAUUUCCAAUUAAAGCCCAAGUAUUACUGGGAUAAAUUACGACGAGUAAAUCCCUUCUCAUUUGUGACGGCCACUGUAAGGCCUUUUUCUUUUCUUUUUUUUCUUUUUGGCAAACAGGAAUUUGUAUACAGAUUAUUGAAAUGUACAGAGAAGAAAAGGAAAACCACUGAGUUUUUAAAAAGACAUGUCUAUUGUAAAGGAUAAUGUGAUGUACAUUUUUUAAUUUAAGUAAAUGAAUUUAAGCUAUC